AUGGCGGGCGAGCCCGGGGAGGCCGCGGGGCCCGAGGAGCGCGCCCCCUCCCCGGCGCCGGCGCCGCUGCUGCAGCAGAGCCGGGACUUCCUGGACCUUUUCUGGGGCAUCGCCAAGCCCGACCAGGAGGCGCGCCUGGCGGCCACGGCGGCGCUGGGUGACGCGCUGCGGAGCGCCCCCAGGGGCGGGGCGCGGUGGGGGCCUUCCUCCCCUUCCCACGCGCAGCAUCGCGGGGCCCCUCACCCGAUCUUCUCCCCGCAGGAGGCCGAGCUCCAGUACGCCCUGAAGCGGCUCAUUGAGGGGCUGGGGGCCACCCGGGAGGCCGCCAGGCCGGGCUUCAGCCUGGCCCUGAGCCAGGUGCUGCAGGCCUUGGAGGACGUCCCUUUGCAGGGAGUCUUGGAGCAAAUCAGAGAGAAGCACGACCUGCAGAGGAAGAAGCUCUUUCGGAGCGCCGCCUUCGGGAACUUCUUUGGGGUCUUGGCCUUGUUCCAGUCCGGUCGCCUGGUAAAGGACCCCAAGGCGCUCGUGGCGUGCGUCCAGCUGCUGCAGAGCCUGGCUCAGCACCGGAACCACCUGCAGGACCUGCCCCGCCGCACGCUGGUGGACAUCGUCGCCGAGAUCCCAGAGCCCGUGUUCGAGGAGGUCCUGCUGGGCGUCCUCCAGGCCGACUUGGCCGCGGCCUUCAGCACCCCCGAACAGCUCCAGCUCCUCCUGGUGGGGCUCCAGAAGUUCCCCGGUGUCCUGCAGCCCAAGAAGCUGAAGAAGCUGCUGGGCUCAGCUAGCGUGGUCACCAAGGAGACCGUGCCCAGGCUGGUGGAAGUCUUGCAGGCGGCGGCUAAGUCUGUGAAGAAGGAGAAGGUGCUGCCCCCCGUGGGGCUGGACCUCCUGCGCGUGGCCCUGCAGGAGGGCGCUUUUGAGCUCUUCUGGAAGGGUGUGGUGGAGAAGGGGCUCCUUGAGGAGCACUCCGGGCCCGGCAGUUACACGGCCUUCCGCCUGCUGGGCAGCGUCCUGCCCCUACUGUCUCUGGAGCAGCUCCAGGUGGUCCUCCGGGGAGAGGUGAUGCGUCGCUAUGGCGACCACGUGCUCUCAGCCCAGCUCCCCUCAAGGUUCAAGUUUGCGCCGGAGAUGGAGAAGUAUGUGGACUCCUUCCUGGAGGGCUGCCCGGACCCCGAGAAGCAGCUGGCCGUGCUCGUGGCCUUCUCGUCCCUCACCAACCAGGGCUACCCCGUGGUGCCCAGCCUGUGGCCCGUGGUGAGGCACCUGCAGCCCGAGGCCCUGGAGCGCUACUGCAAAUGGCUGCGGGACAUGUUCCUCCGGCCCGACCUCGGCCGCUGCCUCGAAUUCAGCACCAGCCGGCAGAAGAAAACCGCGGCCGAGGACGGCGGCGGGCGUGCGGCGAUGCCCGAGAAGUCCGUGUUCCGCUUCCGCAAGUGGCUCAUUCAGAGGCUGAGCAGCAUCGUGGAGAACGCCCAGGUGGCAAAGGACGAGGCCUUCGUCAUGGGCAUAGCCAGGUUCUGCUUCUUCCAUUCCUUCUUUGAGACAAAGAAACCUUCCAAGGACAUCCCCGAAUCGGAGCAGCAGGUCUCGGUUCCCCUGGACAGCGAGACCAGAGAGACCGCCGGCAACACCUUCUUCAGUCUGCUGCAGACACUGAACUCCCUGCCCUUGCUGGGGGAAGCCCCCAAGACGGCGCCCGGCCCCCCCCGAGGGAAGGCGAACCACGGCGUGACGGCGGACGGCCGGCUCUGGGCCCAGCACCUGGUGCAGUACGCGGCCCUUCUGCUGUCCCACGGCAAACACGUGCGGCCCGUCAGGCCCUUCACGGCCGAGGAGAAGGCGGCCUGGGAGAGGAUGCUGCAGUCCGUGGACCGCUUGCAGCAGCGCACCAAGGAUGCCCGCCUGGCCGAGACCACGGCCUUCCAGCAGCUGCUGCUCCUGGUGGGCCUCCACCUCUUCAAGGCUCCUGGCGAGUGCGUGGAUGUGCUGAAUGACCUGCAGAACUGCAUCGAGAAAGCCCUGGACAAGAAGGUCAAGAAGGCGGCAGGUGCCGACGAACCGCAGUGGGUGGAGGUGAUGGUGGAGAUCCUGCUGUCUCUGCUGGCGCAGCCCAGCCGCCUCAUGCGCCAGGUCUGCCGCAGCGUCUUUGCCCGCGUCUGCCCACACCUCAACCGGCGCGCCCUGCAGCUGAUCCUGGAUGUGCUGGAUCCCGAUCAGGAGGACGACGGGGCCGUGGUGGUCACCGAGGAGCCUGGCAGGAAGAAGGGGCCGGCCACGGAGGACUCGAGUGAGGACUCGGGCAGUGAGGAGGACAGCGAGGGCAGUGAGGAGGAUUCCCUGGACGAGGGCAGUGACGGGGAGGUGGACAGCGGCUUCCGGCAGCGGCUCAUGUCCGUGCUUCAGGCAGGGAAGGCGCUGGACGCAGACGGCCAGAGCAGCGAGGAGGAGCUGGAUGACGACGCCAUGCUGGCCCUGGACGCGCGCCUGGCCAGUCUCUUUGCAGAGCAGAAGCUGCGUGCUCAGGCCCGGAGGCGGGAGAAGGACCAGGCGCGCAAGGAGAAGAGUCUGCGCUGCGACUUCAAGAUCAAGGUCCUGGACCUGGUGGAGGGCUUCCUGACUAAGCAGCCGGAGAACCCGCUGGUUCUGGAGCUGGUGGAGCCCCUCCUGGCCGUCAUCGAGCGCAGCAUGAGCCGCGACUCCGCCAAGCAGGAGCAGGACUUCCUGCGCAAGACAGCCGACAUCUUCACGAACCAGCUGUGCCGAGCCAAGCAGUACUGCCGCAGCGUGGCCGACCAGGCCGAGGAGCUCCACGUGGUGCUGGAGCGGCUGGUGGAGCAGGCCGGCCGCCAGGCGGACUCCGCCGUGGCCCUGUACCACUUCAGUGCCUCCCUCUACCUGCUCCGGGUCCUGAAGGGCAACAUGCCCAAGCCGCCAGCUCCCCUGUCCCCAAAGAAGCAGCGCAAGGUCGGCGCCCCCACCCAGGCACAGGGCUCCAGCUGCUUGGACCUGGCCCGGGUGACGCGGCUCUACGCCGAGGCGCUGACCGGCUUCCUCUCCAAACGCAACAGCCCCUUCACGGCUGCCAUGUUUGUGGACCUCUUCACCCGGCACCCCGUGAUCUGUCAGCAGCUGAUGCCCGUCGUCCUCCCGUUCAUCACAACCGGAGCCCGCCCGUAUCACCAGGCCCAGGCUUGCUUGUUGCUGCUGAAGGCCCUGCAGAUGCGGGAGCUGAAGCAGGCCCUGGAGGGCCCGGCCUGGCAGGAGCUGAUAGGGGACAGCCUCAGGCAGACCACCGAGAGUCUGAGAGCCGUGGGCAAGGCUGUGAACAAGAGCGCCCACCUCAAAAUGUUCAAGGCCCUGGAGCUUCUGGUCUUUCUCAUCAAGACUGUGAAGGAGGAGGAGCUGCCCACAAGCCUGGAAGCCGCCCUGGCCGCCCUGCAGACCCUGCGGCAGAGUGACCACCUGGGCACCACCGGCCGCCUCUCGGACCUCACCUGGCAGGCCCUGAAGCUGCUGGGUGUCCCGCGCCCCAAGGAGGAGAAGGUCAAGGUCGCCGAGAACAAGGGCGCCCCUGAGGAGCCGGGGAGUCGCAAGCGCAAGAAGGGCUUCCUCCCGGACACCAAGAAGCGCAGCAAGAGGCGGCUGGGAGAGCCGGCGGCCCCUGUGGAUGGCGAAGACCCGGGCAACGCCACGCAGGGCACCAAGAGGAAGCGGAAGAGGAAGAAGAGGGCCAGACAGCAGCAGCCGCCCCUGGGGCCCGGGGUCAACGGAACUGGCCAGGGCUCCGGGCCACCCUCGGGGACCCCUUCCCCACGCGCCAGCCAGACCAAGGACCCUGAACCCAAGGCCGUGGUGAACGGGGACGCACAGAGCCCGGCCCCCGGCUCCUCUGGGUCCAAGAGGAAGCUCCGCGGCGGGAAGAGGAAAAACGGGCUGGAGGCGGCUCCCGCGGCCACCCCCCUGCAGAAGAAGGCCAGACUGCCCCCACCAGGGACCCCGAGCGGCCCCAAGGCCCGGCGUAAGAAGCUGGGGCCCGAGGGCAGCGCCAAGUAGGCAGAAGAGGGGGGGCUCUUGGGCUACUCCAGAGACAGUCUAUUUUUGCACUCAGAUCCAAUAAAACCAGCUCCCCCUGG